AAGAUGGACUCGCAAAAAGAAUGCGUGUUCGUCUCAGAGAAGUCCAAAAUCUUCCCUUCGACGCGACUAUUUUUCUCGUUCCUAUUAUGCCUGUGCUUUGUGGCAUUAGCUAUUGGAACUUCGAAUAUAUCCCAAUCAAUGGUUUGCAUGGUGAAAAAGCCUGAUACAAACUACACGUGCCCAUUAGCGGAGCCAGAAGUAGAAGCCAUCCCAUGCAACCACCCGAAACAAUUUGCUUGGAGUUCUAUUCAGCAAGGUUUAAUAUACUCCGGUCAAAACUUUGGUUCACUAUUUAUGGUGAUCACUGGAUGGCAAGCAGAUCGUCUAAAUGGAAAAUGGACAAUCGUAGCAGCAAUGGCAUUUAUUAUAGUAUCAAAUGCCGUAUUACCAAUAUCUGCUGGUGCAUCAUUUGCACUCGUCUUCUUUCUGAGAGUUCUCACUGGAUUUGGUGAUGCGCUUCUCUCUCCUGCGUCCUCGUCACUGAUCACCCGAUGGUUUCCACCAAAAGAACGACCCAGUGCACUGGGAAUUGUGACCAGUGGUCGGCAAAUCGGUACGCUGAUCAUUUUGCCAAUUGGAGGAUGGUUAUGCGGAAGUGAUGGAAGUAAAUUUCUUGGUGGAUGGCCAGCUAUUUUCUACCUGUCCUCAGUAGUUGCUGCGGCAGUUUUGGUUAUUUGGGUGGUUUUUUCAGCUGACAAACCAUCGAAACAUUUAUGUAUUUCUCAUAACGAAGAAGCUUAUAUCAACCGCAAAAUUGAAGAGGAAAACAUUGGAAAAAGGAAUAAUCGAAAAAACACUCCGUGGAAAGCAAUUUUCACGUCAAAACAAGUCUGGGUGGCUGUUGCUGCUCUUGUGUGCCAUGAAUUUCCACUAGUUAUCAUGCUCCAGUUUCUUCCAAAAUUCUUUUCCGACGUUCUUGGCUUAUCGAAUACUGUGAAUGGUUUAGUAUCAGCACUUCCAAUGGCUAUUCUGUUUUUGUCAAAAUGUCUCUCGGCAAGCCUAGCGUCAUAUCUUACUGCAAACGGAUAUUUGAGAAAAACCCAGUCUUGCAAAAUAUUCAACUUCAUCGCCUCACUCGGACUUGGUAUUUGCAUUGCUGCAACUCCGCUAAUGAGUAAUCUACAACAUGCAAUAUGGGCAAUUAUAAUUCUCUGCUUGGCAAAUGCAUUUGCAGGACUUCAUACACCUGGUGUCCUAACUGCAAUUGUCCAACUUGCUCCAGCAUUCUCUGGAAUUAUCACUGGACUCGCAUUUGCUGUUGCAUCUUGCUUCUCCAUCUUCAAUAAACUAUUGAUCAGUCAGAUUUUGAGGACCGGUUCUAAACAUGAAUGGACUAUUGUUUUCGAGAUUUCAGCGUUUGUCGCAAUCUUACCAACUAUCUUUUUCACACUCUGGGGAUCAGCUGAGAGAACUGAAUGGGCGUCCAACCGAGUAUCAGUUCCGAAAGAUGCUGAUCAAAAGUCUAAUGACUCCGGCUCCUCAACAUCCUCUACAAUUCAAGCAAUUGCCAAGUACAGCAUGUUCCUAUCUCAUGAUCUCACCAACUCUGCCUAGUCCAAUUAUCUUCCGCUUUACGAUUUUUGUGUACUGUACUUUAGAAUUUUUCUUCUCGGCUUUAGUUUUUUUCUCAAAUGAACGGGCAAAAAUUGAUAAGAUUUUCACGAUAUCAUUUUUGGCUGGUUAUCUUUUCUCGUUAAUUAUCUUAAAAAUCCCAUUUUUUCUUUCUUUCAAUUUUUCUGUGAAUACGAAUUCUCCCUUCUCCAUCAGAAUCCGGGUUGUAAACCAAUCACUGCAUUUUUCGUAAUUAUUGUUUUGUAAUUUAAAUAUUAGGUUGAAUUGUUUGACUUUAAACUAAAAAAGCUUUACUGCGACUUCCGAUUGUUUUAAUUGAAAUAAAAGAAUUAUUCAUAUC